AUGAACGUUGACCCAUAUAAGUAUUAUUCUAUAGUAAAACCAGUAAUUAUUUCUUAUGUGGGGCCUAAUUUUUUUUCAUUAGGUUCGAGAAAGUAUUGCAAGUCUAAUUUUCCUAAAAUCACAACUCAUUACACUAUUAUUCCAAGAGAAAAUGAUCCAAGAUGGAAAGAUGAAACUGAUGUAUUAAUCGUGGGAGGAGGACCUGCUGGAAUGGCGGCAGCAAUAAAAUUAAAACAAUUAGCAGCUAGUAACAAUAAAGAAAUGAGAGUAUGUUUAGUGGAAAAAGCAUCUGAAAUAGGUGGACAUAUAUUAUCUGGAGCUUGUAUUGAUCCUAAAGCUUUAAAUGAACUUUUUCCUGAUUGGAAAGAAUUAGGAGCACCUUUAAAUACUCCUGUUGUUAAAGAUAAAUUUGGGUUUUUAACCGCUUCUGGCAGAAUAAGUAUACCGAUUCUUCCAGGUAUGCCUUUGAAUAAUCAUGGAAAUUAUGUAGUCAGACUGGGACAUUUGGUUAAAUGGUUGGGAACUCAAGCAGAAAGUUUAGGGGUAGAAAUAUAUCCUGGAUAUGCCGCUUCUGAAAUUUUGUAUCACGAAGAUGGCAGUGUAAAAGGUAUAGCUACAAAUGAUGUUGGAAUAGCCAAAGAUGGAAGUCCUAAGGCAAAUUUUGAAAGAGGUAUGGAACUUCAUUCGAAAGUAACCAUUUUUGCCGAAGGUUGUCAUGGUCACUUAACAAAAAUGAUUAAUAAAAAAUUUAAUUUAAGAACUGAUUGCGAAACUCAAACUUAUGGAUUAGGAAUUAAAGAAGUUUGGGAAAUAGAUCCAAAAAAUCACCAGCCAGGAACCGUAGAACACACUGUCGGAUGGCCUUUGGAUGCUCACACAUACGGCGGAUCAUUUUUAUAUCAUUUAAAUGAAACAAAUCCUUUGAUUGCAAUUGGAUUUGUUGUUGGUUUAGAUUAUUCUAAUCCGUACAUAAGUCCUUUUAGAGAAUUUCAAAAAUUUAAACAUCAUCCAUCUAUAUCAGCGGUAUUAGAAGGAGGAAAAAGAAUUGCUUAUGGAGCUAGAGCUAUAUCCGAAGGUGGAAUUCAAUCGAUUGGAAAAUUAACUUUUCCUGGUGGUUGUCUCAUAGGAUGUUGCGCAGGCUUUUUAAACGUUCCAAAAAUAAAAGGAACUCACAAUGCAAUGAAAUCCGGUAUGCUCGCUGCGGAAUCGGCUUACGAAGCUAUCGAAAAUGGAGAUUCUACCACUAAAGGUAUAGAGCCAAAAUCCUAUGAGGAAAAAAUAAAAAACAGUUGGGUGUGGAAAGAAUUAAUGGAAGUGAGAAAUUGCAGGCCUUCUUUUCACAAUCCAUUAGGAAUUUACGGUGGUUUACUUUAUUCUGGUAUUUCAUUAAUGAUCAAAGGUUCAGAACCUUGGACUUUGAAACAUGGCGCACCGGAUAACGCAAGACUAAAGAAAAUAUCCGAAGUGUCUCCCAUAGAUUAUCCAAAACCCGAUGGAAAAAUAAGUUUUGAUCUUUUGUCUUCCGUUGCAUUAACGGGUACCAAUCACGAGGGUGAUCAACCUCCUCAUCUCACAUUAAAAGACGAUACGAUUCCUAUUAAAAUAAAUCGAACCGAAUUCGGGGGACCCGAGUCUAGAUUUUGUCCUGCAGGUGUAUACGAAUUCGUACCGUUGGAAUCAGGUACGGGUGAAAGACUUCAAAUAAAUGCUCAAAAUUGCAUUCAUUGCAAAACGUGUGAUAUUAAGGAUCCGACGCAGAAUAUAAAUUGGGUAGUACCCGAGGGUGGCGGUGGACCAGCGUAUGAUGGCAUGUAA